AUGGAGCAAGAGGUGAAGAACAGAGCAAUUCUUCAGCUGAAAUUACCAGAAUUAUCCUCCGAUGAACCCAACUAUGUUAAUAUUGAGUCACCACCCUCUAUGCAUCCUUGCAAGAGACUUUGUGAUAUGACAGGAUACGAGGCACCUUACUACGAUCCAAGGACUAAUCUCCGCUAUGCUAACGGAGUCUUCAAGCUUGUAAGAUCACUUCCUAGCGAGUAUGUACAAAGAUAUCUAGCUCUGAGAAAUGCAGCAGUUGUUCUCAAGUGACCUGGAAAUUUUCAGGAACAGCGGCUGUCUAUACCCCUGUUUGUUACCAA